AUGCAGGACCAGUCCAAAUCUCCUGCCUCGGACCAAGAAACCUAUUACGAUCUUGGCUCGCAUCAUCGACCAGUGACCACCUCUUCGGCAGAAACCCAACUGUGGUUCGAUCGCGGACUGAUAUGGGCAUUUUCUUUCAACCAUGAUGAGGCAGAGCGAUGCUUCCAACGCGCAGCGGACAGUGACCCCAACUGCGCGAUAGCGUUAUGGGGAGUCGCCUACGCUGCCGGGCCGAAUUACAACAAGGCUUGGAAGUUCUUUGAUCCAAAAGGUCGCCGGGCUUCUAUCGAGAAGGUCAAUAAUGUCCUAGAACGAGCACGCAAGCUGGUAAGUCAUGCUACCCCAGUCGAACAGGCAUUGAUCGAAGCCAUCGGUGCCCGCUUUCCAUCCGUCCAUGACAUCCCCGACGACCUAAGUCCUUUUGACCACGCAUACGCAAAUGCCAUGCGCCCUGUGUAUCAGAAAUUCAGCAACGAUAUGGACGUCGCUGCUCUGUUCGCCGAUGCACUGAUGUGUAUCACCCCACGCGGGCUGUGGGAUUUGGAUAGCGGCAAACCUACAGGAAAUCACACGGUCGAGGCUCGCGAGGUCAUUGAGCUGGGGCUGAAGCAGACUACCGGUCACGAUCAUCCGGCACUCUGUCAUCUGUAUAUACACAUGUUGGAGAUGUCUCCAUUCCCAGAAUUGGCUCUACCGGCUGCAGAUCGACUGCGUGGGAUGGUUCCGCAUGCUUCGCACAUGUUGCAUAUGCCGACGCACAUCGAUGCGGCAGUGGGCGACUACCGCCGUGGUAUCGACUCCAAUCAUCAAGCGAUGCUUGCCGACGACAUCUAUUUUGCCCGAGAGACGGGCACAAUUAUGUACACAGCCUACCGGGUACAUUAUAUCUGUGCGAAAUUGUAUUCCGCUAUGAUGUCCGGUCGCUUCUCGGACGCAAUCUCUGCUGCCGAAAAGCUCGAAAAGGUCAUAUAUCCUCAAGUGCUGGCGAUCAAAAGUCCCCCGAUGGCAGACUUUAUCGAAAGCUUUGUGGGGAGCAAGGCACAUGUCCUAGUGCGUUUUGGCCGUUGGGAGGAGGUUCUCAGCCUUGAGCUUCCCACGGAUCGUGAUACAUAUUGCGUGACCACAGCUAUCAUUUAUUACACCCGUGGUCUUGCGUUUAGCGCACUUGGACGGAUUGCAGAAGCCGAAAAUGCCCAGGUAGAAUUUGAAGCGGCACGCAGGGCAGUCCCUAGUACCCGACUCAACAGCAUACCAUGCAAGGAGGAAGACGUUCUAGGGGUAGCCUCGGCCAUGCUUGCUGGAGAAUUGGAGUACCGGAAAGGAAACAUUGAGAACGGAUUUUCCUUUCUCAGGGAAGCUAUUGUGCGCGAGGAUGGACUUGCGUACUCUGACCCGCCCCCCUGGAUGCAGCCAGUCCGCCAUGCCCUCGGCGGCUUGCUCCUGGAGCAGAAUCGCGCCGAGGAGGCAGAAGUGCUGUUCAAACAGGAUCUUGGAUUUGCCCUGGACUAUCCUCGGCGUAGGGCAAAGCUCAACAAUGUGUGGGGGUUGCAUGGCUUAUAUGAAUGUCUCACUCGCCUUGGAAAGACUACCGAAGCGGCUUUUAUCGAACCUGCACGCGACAUUGCCUUGGCAUCUGCAGACAUCCCAGUGAGCGUUUCGUGUUUCUGUCGAACAUCCGCGGUUGAAAAGGAUGGAUGUUGUUAG